GUUCAAGAUGGCGGCGUAGAUGUCGAAUUUUUUGACCGCAAUACUAUGCCUUUUUCUAUGGAUAGAGAACGUGCAUGGUUUUGCAAUUAAGUCAGGAAAUUCCUCUGUCUAGCCUUUUACUUGAAUUUGGUCGAUUGAUGGUUAGCUAGUGACAUUGCGGCCUGAAUUCACAGAUAUCAUGGCAGAACCAAAUUUCAAAGGUCUUUUACAAAUGCAUUGUCAAAAAGCUAAGGUUGAACUCCCCAAGUAUAGUUGCACACAAAAAAUGCAAGGACAUAUUCCAGUUUUCUCGGCUAAUUUGGUCGUUUUGGGGCAAAAUUUUACUAGCGAAGGCGAGUUCAGCACCAAAAAGCAGGCUGAAAAAAGUGCGGCUAAGGUUGCUUUGCGCGAAUUGAGAAUUCUCGGGGGAGAUUUUCAGCUGAAAUCCUCCACUGCACUCUCUCAGACUGUGAAUGAAGGAUUUCCCAGUUGCAAGGUAGACCAGUCUUGCACAGACAUAAACUCUGGGUCAACAACAGCAGUGGAAGAAAUUCACAAAACUAUGCAAGUUUCUACUUCGCCUGAAAAGUGUGAAAAAGCUUCCAUUCCAGAAACACAAAUGUCUUCUCCAGAGAUCCAGAAAACAUUAUUCCCUUCCAACCCUACUGUGACUCCUGUUUCAAGAAAAGGUAAUGGUGUUGUUUCAUUCAAGAAUGUUCUUCAAGAAAGGGCCCAAAAGACUGGAUUAGCUUUACCUCAGUAUGAGACGGUGCAAGAAGGUGGAGGUUUUGUAUGCACAGUCACCUUUAAUGGACAGUGUUUUAAGAGUGAAGGAUGUUCACCUAGCAAAAAGCUGGCUCAACAGAAUGCAGCUGCUGUAGCCUUUAAGACUUUAACCUCUGGGGAAAAAACAGAUGGAAAUUCCCUGCUCCCCUCAAGAACAUCAGCAUCAAACAUGGAGACCCCUCAAGCAACAAAUAUGCAGUCUCCAGCAACAACUCCAGAAAUGUUUGAUGCCACAGUUUCCUAUAAGAACCUCCUCCAGGAAAAUUGUCAGCAAAGAGGAAAUAAGCCCCCCACGUACUCCACAACCUGGGAAGGUACAGUCAUGUCAUGUACAGGCUUUUUGUUUCUACCAAACUCUUUCUUUUUUCUUUCCUGAACCAAAACCGUAAAUAGAUCUGGGCAAUGUGCUUAGAGUCUUAGGAAUUUUGAGCUCCAUUUAUAGCACAAAACAACCACAUAUUUUAGUCAGUAAAUAUAUGAGCCAUAAGCCUUUAAGUCACUGCUUGCAAUCAAAGCCUAGGUGCAUUAAUUGAGACUAUAAAUUUGUAGGUACUUGAUGUAAUGUCAAAUAAUAAUUUAUCUUUUGCUAACAAGGAAGUACACUUUAAAUAUACGACUAUUUGAAAGAAGAGUGUAGAUACUCUUUAAUCAGAAGUCACUUUGCAGGCUGGGCUUUUUUUCCCAUUCACUAACCCUGGCGGGGGGAGGGUACUUGGGAUAAUUUUUGCUGGGUAUAUACUGCUGUUCUCUCAUCAGAGCCCCUUCCCCAUUAUAGUCUAUUCUGUGGUCAAACAUAGACCCCACCUUAGUCACUUUUGGGCAAAAACAUCAUUUUCACGAUCCCAACUUAGUCACCUUCUAAUAUGUAUCUACCUUAUAUUGAAUAAAGAACACUUUACUUUUGACCUAAAAUACAAAAAGUCUGGUAUGACUGUUUGCUAACCAUAAAUAUGAAGAACUGUCUUACCCCAAAACUCAGAAAAUGGUGACCCCAUUAUAGUCAAUCCAGUUGUGAAAAUGCGACCCCAUCCAGUGGCACAUCCCCAUUUGCCUCUUAUAAGGAAUCCCCCCCCCCCUGGUCACCAACCCAUUAAUAAAUUGAGUGUAAAAGUGGUGAUAAAAGAUGUGUAUCACAAACCAUUUGCUGUGGUGGAACCCCGCUCUAUGGACACCCACUUAAUAUGGACACCCAUAUAUAAGUGACAGUUUAUUUUCCCUAAAAUUAACCUGCUUAAUACAGACAUUUGUUCAUACGGGCUACGGACAUUUUUCCUGAGUCCUGAGUCACAAACUCCCAUAUAUUGUCAACCCUGCUUUAAGGACACUGUUUAUAUAAGCAUUGUUUAUGACUGAAUACUGUACCUUACUAGUGAAAAUAUAACACAAACUAAGAAUGACCUUGCAAAGGUUCUGUCUAAUACCAAGGCCAAAAGGCUUAGUUACAAAGUAAACUUGCUAGCACUAAGUAAUAAAGUUGCAGAUUCCAUUGUUGUGUUUCAAGAACAAUACUUUAAAGGUAAUUUUAGUCUGAGACUAUGAUAAAAUAUUAUUAUUGUGAGUUUUCUUUAGGAUUAACUUGUUAAAGUUACUGUUAAGAAAUCAAACAACAUUUUCUACAAAAAACUGCUUUAGUCUUUGUACCGAUAAAAACUAGGUCGGUUACGUCUUUUCUGAGAGCCCCUUAUUAUCUUGUAUUAUACAGACACCUCGAUAAUAUGGACACUAUGGCGUGUCCCUUUCAUGUCCUUAUUAUCCAGGUUCCACUGUAUUUUGAAAGUUAAACUUACAGCAAUCUUUUUGUUGUUGUUGUUAGCUUACUAAAAGUAUUCACAUUCUCUUCCAAGGAACUGGAUUUAUCAGCACUGUUUGUUUUGGUGAUGUUAUGGUAUCUACCAAGGCACCGUACACUUCCAAAAAACAAGCAGAACAAGUUGCUGCUCGUGAAGCCCUGUUGGUAAUUGGUGUUUCAAAUCCAGAGAAAGUCUUUGUUAACAAGGGAACAAAGAAGAACAAGUUGAAAAGAAAGUUUGCACCCAAGGUUGGGCAACAGAGAACAUCAUGGGUUCAUUUCCGUGGAAUACAAGCAGGAGGAUGGCAAUCUAGUGAUUGGUAAGGUUAAAUUAAAAAUCCUAAGUCCCUUCCAGUUUCUUUCACAUUAAUUGUUGAUACAGUAUAAUAAUAAUAUUAAUAAAUUAUACUUGUGUAAUCAAAUAGUGAUAAGUGAAAUUAGAGAAUGAUAAUAAUAUUUCAAGUGUGCUUUGUCCAAAUUCCAAUUGACACAAGUGAAUUAUUCUCCAAUUUCAUGAACAUAAUUAUUUUGAUAACUAUUAAUAUCACGGGUGCAAAUACACUCACAAUCAUGGGUUUGUGCCUUUUUUCUUAUAUCUAGAACUCCAUGCAUAGUCUAAAAUGUCAUCCAUCUGUUCGUUCCACCUCCUCCCCCUAAUGAGCAGCCAGGCGAGAGAGACUUGCUGCUUAGGGGUUAGGGUUAGGUUGGGGGAUGGGGCAAUGUUUGAGACUCAAUGCACUGAAAAGUUUAGAGCAUAAAUUUUGGCUUAAGUUCUCAAUUUUCUUAUUUUUUUUGGACAAAAUACCUGUUAGAAUCCUUAAAUUUCGCACCGAAGGUAAGGAGUUAUUUAUCACCCAUGAUUAUUAUGAAACUCAACAAUGAUAAUAAGCCCUUCGCAGCUAGCCAUCCACAUGUUACAAAACUGCCGUGCUGGAGAGCAAAACUUGCACUGGGACAAGACAAACAAAUGCAUACAUAAUUUUAAAUGUUAAUUUCCUUUGUUUGUCUUGUCCUAGUGUGGCUUUUGCUCUCCAGCAUGGUGGUUUUGUACCACGUAAAUGGCUAGCUACAAAAGGCCUAUUGAUUUAAGUUGUUGCUUUUCUUGGACUCGACUCCAGGAAACUAAGUCACGUGAGUACUUGAGUGAAAUUUAAAGUAAAAACCCAGUGGGUGUUUGCCUUUUUUCUUACAUUACGUGAAUAAAUAAUAACAACAAGACACUCCAUGUGCUAUAAAUGAAAAGGGUGCUUUUAACUCCAAUAAUAUUUUUCUUUCAUGUGUGUUUCUCAAAAUACACUUAAAUAAACUCUGUUUAUAAUGAUGGUGUAAAAAAGAAAACAAAUCAAAUUCUUGAUUUUUGUACUGUGCUAAGGAAUCUGCAACAAGUUCAAGUGUAAUUUCUUUUGCUUGUGAUCUAACAUUAGGGGAGAUGCUGAUUUCUUUUGGGAACAAGCAAUUGCAAAUAAAAGGCAGAAGCUGGAUCCAAAUGAAUCACUUUUUGGCAGGAGUAGAACAACAUUUGCCCUUCCAUUACAACACAGACGAGACUUAUCAGUUGGUGAAAUCUGGAAGGAGAAGAAAAAUGUUGUUAUUGUUGGGGAUGCAGAAUCAUCUUUUAUUCUGUACUGUACAAGAGUUCCAGGAACUUGCAAGAUUUUCAACACUCGGACAAUGUCACUGGUUGAGCUUGAACCUGGUAUUACAAGGCAUUAAGUGUUUAUUUACACUCGUAAAUAAGGAUAAUGGAGGCAAUGUAUGAGGUGUCAAAAGUAAACAUCCAAAUGUAAAAUCUGGGCAAAGUUCGACUUUUAUGUUUAUGCACGACCUUUAAUUCAUUGCUUCUAUUUUAAUGCAAGUUUAAGCAUAUAACAUUUAUGCAAGUUCAGUGGAAAUCCAGUUUUAGAUAUAGAAUUACAGUCUACAUGUAUCGUUGCAUCUUUCACCCAGUGCACUCUGAAGUAGUUAGUAAAAACAAGAAAUGGGCGCUAAGAGGGCACGCAGUGGUGAAAGCAAAGUGAAUUCCAGUGAUUUUCCUUGUCAAUACUCUUCUACAUGUAUUAAUUAUUUCUCCUGUAUUCGCAUUUAAGAAAACUGUUGAUAUUUACAUGUUUUUUUUGGUCAUAAUUCAUGUAGGUUUUCGAAUUGUUGGUCUUGAUGCCCAGUAUUCUGAUUUUAAGGGUAAGGUGGCCCUUGAAGCAGAGAGGUGUGCGAAUGUUAUUAUUCCUGAAACACCAGAUCCUGUGCUUACAAGCUGCGGUGUUGUACUUCUUUAUCAAGAUCCACAGUCCAGGUAUACUGCUUAAUGUGCACUGUACAACAUUAGUAACAUGGGUACUUAUAGCGGUUAUUAUAAUCACUAGUAAAAUCAAAAGAAUACAAGAGUAUGUGUUCUCUUUAAUGUUGUUUAAAUAACUUGACAUGACUCUGAUAUGUUUGCUUCCCAGAUGAGAGUGUAUGCAAAUUUGAACCUUCUUUUUUAAUAAUAAUUAUAAAAAAUAUUGUUUUCUUUGCUAACAGUGAUUCAAAUGCAAUUAUUAUUUACCUUUCAGUCUGCUUCAGGUACUUCUUAAAAGAUACCUUUCCAGCCAAGCAUUCGUCAAUGUUGCAGCCGCUUUGGCUCAAUAUUUUCGCCGCAAGAUCUCUGGUCGGCCUGUGACGCUUGACGUUCCAAGCCUUACAGAACACAUAAGGGACUGGAUGCUGGAAGAAGUACAGAACAUUGCAACCAUGAAUGAAGAAGCUCUCCAGCAUGUGUUUUCCUACAUGUGGAAGUUCAACAAAAGAUGGAUUUCCUUUCUUAAUCCUCCUCUUCCACAUGAUCUUGAAUUUCUUAAGGUGAGUAAAAUGAAAUCACAGCUCUUCAACUAAGGGUCCACCCUUGUGGUUGCUUACGGAAAGUGGUUAUCCACAGAAAAAGCAAGAAGAUAGGCUCAAACUGAACUGAUGAACAAGCUAAAACUUAGGCAAACAGACAGCUGUGCACUGGCAAUAAUAUUUCAGAUUUUUUACUUAACAUUUUGCAUCAAUGUUUGAUCCCCUUUUUUUCCUACAGAUCGUAUUACAGCCAUCUUUUUUGUAAGUUGGCUGUUAUAACCUCUAAGCAUGCUUGGUCAAUGCUUGGUCAAUGCUUUUAGAAUUUUUGUGACAUUCAAGCAAUGGUUCUCUUACAAUCGUAAGUGAUCGUGCUGGGUGGUCGCUUGGGGGAAGCAGAAAACAAAAGAAUAUGUCAAAUUUUUGGUUUGAAAAGUGCUCACGGUCGUUUAAGAAACUUAAUUUCUGAGGAGAGUUUUAGACUGUUCACAGUCCUCUAUUUUUCCAUAAGGUCAUCGAGAUUGAGCGUUUUGUGUUACAGGCUGCCAUCUUGCAUGAGUGUUAAAACUACUUAGGGAGCAGGGGCGGUUUGGGAGGAAGCAAGAAAAAUAGAGGGACUGUAAUAAUAUCACUGCAGCUUGCGUUCAGGAGGCUUGACAGGAAUUUCACGCCUUUCAAGAUUCAUUAAUAAUAUUAAGAAACUCAGCUGGGGAUGAAAAACAUGCCAGACACAUUUAGCAUCGAUUACACGUGUCUACAAAUAUCUCCUUGUGAAACAGUGAUUUUAUAAUAUUUCUGGGCCAUUCCUCAAAAUAAAAUUGGCAAACAUGCACAAGAAAACAUUGUCCUAAUCAAAAUACCAAACAUCCUUCGUGUGUUUGCGCAAGAUGUACCUUAUGGUAUGAAAGCGUACUUUUUAUGGAAACAUCGACUUGUCAAUGUCGGCAACUUAGAUUAAACCCAUUGUCAACGCAAAUUAGCAUCUAUUUUCUAAUCACCAAUCAAACGCCUGCGUUGCUGGUACAACGUGCUCCGUGUACACGAGCCGCAGUGAUGUUAUUACUAACAGUCCCUCUAUUUUUCUCGCCCCUCCUCCCCCCAGAGCUAUAAUCCCCGAUGCCCGCCCCCUUGGUACAUUUGAAAAUCAAGAUACCCGUGACGGUAAGAAGCGGUAUAUCUAACCGAUCUCACGAAAAAAUAGGGGACUGUGAACAGUCUAGGAGAGUUUUUAAACAGUAUUUGAUUGUCAAACAAAGGUGGAGGAGGUGGUCACUUUUUGCUGAUGACCAAAAUAAGCUUUUCCAAAACUGAUGGAUGGUUUUAGCACAUUCACAUCCACUUUAUGAUUCCUGGACAUUUCUCAUGGAUCUCUUAAGUGGAAACAUUGCCUAUUUAGAAAAUUAUAAUAAAAAAAUAAUAAUAAAUAUUACCUUUUCAUGCAGUGAUAAAAUAUCCUGACUAAGGAUUUCUUUUAAGGCAAGUGCAGCAGAUGAACUUGCCCGACGACAAGCCAGUGAAGUGCAUCACUCUGAAGAUUUUUAUCAUCCAUGGGGCCUUCCAAAGGGCAACUUUAAACACAGGAUGAUCUCAACAGGUAAACAUGCGCAGCAUCGGGAAAAAUGGAUUUGGUCCUGACCAGUAGGUAGUAAGUGAAUUCUUUAAGAUGGAAUCCACCAGGAAAUUGGGUGAUUUUAAUUUUCACUGGACAAAAACUUGUACCAGAAUUAUUUAAAGAAUAUUGCAAUUUCUUUUACAUUUUCCAAGGGCAAUAGAUGUAAUUAGUUAUCGUAAUAAGACUAAAGAAAAUUUCUUAUGGGAGCCCGAGAAGAUAAAUGUCAAAUUUCAAAAGAAUUGUGAAAGCACAGGUAAAAUUCUGAAAAUUUCAAGAUGUCAUUUCAUGAAAUUUGACAUUUAUUUUCUUGGGCUCCCUUAAGAAUUUUUCUUUGGUGUUAUCACAGAUAACUAAUUAUUAUCAUAUCUUUGCCCUUGAAAAAUGAAAAAAAAGAAUGCAGUAUGCUUUUAAUUAUUCUUGACAGUGGUACAAGGUUUUUGUCCACUGAAAAUUAAAAUUACUCAAUUUCCUGAUGGAUUACGUCUUAACAUGAUUUAAAGGCAGUGGUAAAUGAAAAACAUUUAUAACCAUCAGCCUGAAAUGACCAUUGAUAAGCUUCUAUAGACACAAGUGAAGUGAAGAUUCUUGUUUCAAAUUGCCUUGUGUGAAUAUUCACUUUGAGAUGAAGGAUCACUGUAAAGCCUUUUUCCUCAAACUUUGUCUAUUGUCAGCAUUACAUCUAAUAAUUGUCUUGUAUUGAAAAGUAAUGUAGAUGUAAGGCUUUAACAGUAUAACUUACAUAGUUUUUCUGUUAAUGAAGCCAAGCUGUGGAACGAUUGGCCCCAAAAGGAAAAGGUAUUCAUACUAAAUUAUUCCCUUUAUGUCAAUAGGUCUGUUCAUUGAACCAGCUGCUGAUUGUGCAGUCAGGGAGCUGAAAGAAGAGACUGGCAUUAAACUUGAUGCAGAUGAAGUCAAAAAUUGCCCUCAAGUUGACUUGCUGCAGACUGAUAAUUUUAACCCUCAUAAAGGUAAUAGAAAAUGAUUAAUAAUUUUGCCAUCAAUCAAUGUAUAACUGUAAUGAGGUAAAAACAAUGUCAUCUUUAACUCUGUCUCUUUUAUUAAUUAUAAUAGUGUCCUAGAUACCCAUCAUUUACUAGUUCUUGACACAAAAUACCGGUAUCAGCACUGCAUGAGAGACUUACUCUAGCAAUACACUAUACACUACAUUUAUGUACAGGGUUCCCACCCCGGGGGGGGGGCAGUUGGGUAUUUUUUGGGUGGGUGUGUGCCGCCCGGGACUCCAAAUUGGCACCCCGUUCUAAAAAAAAUUCCCCUAAAACUGAUACCCCGUUCUAGAAAUGGGCCAAUUUUUUAUACCCCGUUCUAGAAUUCGCCCUAAAACUGAUACCCCGUUCUAGAAAUGGGCCAAUUUUGUAUACUCUGUUCUAGAAAGUUUGUAAAUUGAAAUAGCCCUGUUUUUUAAAAAAGAUAUUUCUUUAUUUGUUCGACUUAUACAGCAAAUAAAUGCUUCUUCAUAAUCAGCAACAAUUUUAAGCAGAAGAUAAAGCUGUGAUCCACAAUUUUUUAUACCCCGUUCUAGAAAACGCCUCUGAAAUGGAUACCCUGUUCUAAAUCAGGAGCUUCAAAAUCACGACCCCGUUGGGCGGCACAUACCCGUAUAGGUAAUGUAUGGGAGUACCCCCGGGUUCCCACACAACUUGCAAGUCCUUGAAUUUUAAAAUAAAUUAUUCAUGGCCUUGAAAUUCGUUGAAAAUUGCAGUCAGUGCUGAAAAGUCUUUGAAUUUCAAUGCUAAGGAGAACUGCUGCAAAGGAAAAGGAGCAAGCACAGGGAGACCUUCAGGAUAAAAUUGCUCAAGCAUGUUGUGAAAGAACUAAAAUAGACAGACUCCAGGCUCUUUUUUUGAAUUAUAGGAAAUGUUUCCUUGAAAGUCAUCGAAAAGUCCUUUAAUUUUUUGUUCAAAAACGGGUAUGAACCCUGUAUGUAGCUCUAAGACAAAUAAAAAGGGAUAUUUGUCACUUAAAGCAAUUUUACUGUCACGCAAGUAAAAUGUAGUUAAUGGAACGUGACGCCAGUUAUCAGUAACCCUUUCAUGGCGGUUCCUUUUCAAUAAAGCAGUUGUGUAGUCAAGCUGCCAAGGUCAGCAAGCUCUAAGAUACAUUGUAUUCUAGCGUAGAACUUUACGGCCUUGUUGUCUUUAGCAUGCUAGUACGAUCCACAGCAUUGGCCAACUUUUUCAAUACACUAUUCAUGGCUAAGAGUUCGCACGUGCAACGCUGAGCUGUCUUGUAGUACAGCCUUUUCUACUGGCUAUGCCAGCAGACGUUUGUCUAGCUAUAAAAGCCUAGAACAAGUGUUCAGAGUUCACUUGGCUUCUGUUAUUCAGCAAGGUUAGCGCUCAGUAUACGAUUCUUGUAAAAUUUUUAAAAUGGCUCGCCCUCGUCGUACUAUUUCGCACUCGAACCGUGCAUCCAGCCGAGGUGAACAGGAUCUCUCCGCGCUAUCCAGCGAAGUGCUCAAACUCCGUCUUCAAGCCCUGAACCUCCCCAUUACGGGAUCCAGAGGGCAGCUGCUAAAUCGACUGAAGCGGGCCUUGCCGGGACAAGUGGCCACGUCGACCACAGCGCAACCAAAGCGAGCUUCCAAGGCUAAAGCUCGUAAGGGGCGCCCUGCAACGAGAACCACCACGGCGACCGGGCGCUCGUCGGAAAGCUUUUCAGCGAACCUCGGCAACGUUAAUAACGAAGACAACGCCCUGUCAGACCGCGCUUCGUUGUCUUCUAUCGAGGACAUGAUCGAGUCGGAUCCUGAGCCGGACGAGUCCAACUUCCAACGGAACACCGGUUUCAGCCAAACUCAGCGUGCAGCAAUCGAGGCCAUCGUGACUGAUUCAGUCCGCUCCGCGAUAACAACGCUCCAAACGUCGCCAGCCGCUCGUCUUCCUUCACCAGCCGCGCAGUUCCCUUCUGCCUCGCCUCAAAGUCUCUUCACACCUGGCAUGGCUUCCCCUCUAGGGCUUUCUCGGCCAGUAGACAAGACUUUGGAGGACAAAAUACUCAGGGAAAAUCUCGCCGCCCCCAGUCUGUGUGCUUCGACUUCAACAAGCCCUCUGGCUGCCGGCGCCGAAAUUGCAGCUUCCCCCACGUGUGCCGCCGCUGCUAUUCCAGCACCCACCCCGCUCCGGAAUGCACCCAGCCACAGCCCAGCAGCGCCAACAAGGCCCCAAGACCUAGCGACCGCAGCAAGAAGUAAAGUGGAGCAGCAACGGCUUAAUCACAAGCCUUUAGUAUCCUCGCCUAUUGACAUUUAUCGUUUAGAGUUAGAAUUAGCCACUCAUCCUAAUAGAAACUUUGUAUAUAAUCUGCUUAGUACGCUCAAGGAGGGCGCUCGCAUCGGCUAUACAGGGCCGCGCUCAGACCGGGUCUCCCCGAACCUCAUUUCGGCAGCACAGCACCCUGAAGUCGUUUCUUUGAAUUUGCAGAAGGAAAUAGCCCUGGGAAGGGUAGCAGGUCCCUACCCCUCCCCUCCGUUACCUAAGUUUCAAUGUCAUCCAGUAGGCGUUAUCCCCAAAAAGCACUCAACUGAAUGGCGCACUAUUUACCAUCUCUCCUUCCCCCAGGGUACUAGUAUUAACGACCACAUUCCUAAAGAUCCCUACUCUCUAAGUUAUGUACGGGUUGACGAUGCCAUCCGUAUCCUCCAGUCCCUGGGAAGGGGAGCUUUUAUGGCCAAGACUGACCUCAAAUCAGCCUUUCGUCUGAUACCUAUUCAUCCGGACGACUGGAACUUACUAGGCAUUUAUUGGCAAUCCCAAUUCUAUGUAGACAUGUACCUACCCUUCGGGCUCCGUUCGGCCCCGUUCCUCUUUAAUCAGUUGUCCGACGGCCUCGAGUGGAUCCUUAAAAAUAACUACGGCAUCCAGCAUGUUAUUCACAUCCUGGACGAUUUCUUUAUUGCCGAGCGAAACAAAUCAGACUGUCUAACCAGCUUUAGUACUCUGUUAAGGGUAUUCAUGUCACUUAAGGCCCCGGUAGUCGCUUCCAAGACGAUAGGCCCCUCCCGGGAGAUUGAGUUUAUGGGUAUUAUCUUAGACAGCGUCCGCAUGGAGGCCCGCUUGCCCCAGGACAAACUUAUCAGGAUCAAUCAGCUGCUCGACUCCUUCAAAAAUCGUCGGUCAGUGCGCCUGGUCGAGUUACAGUCACUGAUCGGGACUCUUCAGUUUGCAUGUAAAGUAGUGGUCCCGGGUAGGACCUUUCUACAGCGAGCGAUCAAUUUAACCAGGGGGGUCCCCAGUCGUUUUCACCACAUAAGGCUGAAUAAGGAAUUCUUUAAGGACCUAGCCAUGUGGAAAAUUUUUCUCUCCAAAUGGAAUGGGCGCUCCUUUUUUCUCGAGUCUACUCCUACCCCUGCUCAAAAUCUCGAGCUAUACACCGACGCUGCGGGGUCUAUAGGCUUUGGGGGAUACUUCCAGGGCAGGUGGUUUCAGGGCUAUUGGCCCCCGAACAUGCAGUUGAACCAACAACAGGGAAUUAGUAUUGAAUGGCAAGAGCUCUUCCCCAUCGUUGUUGCCUGCGCCAUAUGGCACCCUCUUCUCGCCAGAAAACGCCUUCAAUUCUGGUGCGAUAAUUUAUCUGUGGUAUCUAUUAUAAAUUCAGGGCAUUCUAAGAUCCCCCGCAUUAUGGAUUUGGUUAGACGUCUCGUGUUUCUUUCCAUGCAGCACAACUUCGUAGUGCGAGCUCGUCACGUGCCCGGGGUUUCAAACGCAAUUGCUGACGCACUCUCCCGAUUUCAGAUGCAGCGCUUCCGGGUCCUUGCCCCCGACGCCGACCAGAAUCCUUGUACCAUCCCGCCUUCGCUCAUGACCCUCUGAGGGAGGAAGUCCUGCGGUACGCUACCUGGGGUCUUGCUGAAAACACAAAUCGGGCCUACAGCUCUGGGGAAAAACGGUUUUUACAAUUUUGCCUUAUGAAUCGUAUCUUCAGCUCAGAUGGGGAUGUGUUACCUGCCUCUGAAGGGACCCUUAUAUACUUUGCUUCCUACCUUGCGAGAACAGUACGGCAUAGUACCAUUAAACUCUAUUUAGCCGCCGUUCGCAACCUUCACGUGACAGCAGGGUACCCUGAUCCCCUUAAAGGCAAGCUCCUUCUCCGCAAGGUUUUGCGCGGCAUUCUCCGCUAUCAGGGCAACCAGCGCGCCCGUCGCCUACCUGUAACCCCUGAGGUUCUUCUUGCAAUUCGUCCUGUCUUGCAGUCAUGGCUUAGUCCCCGGGAUUUUUCUAUGAUCUGGGCCGCGUUCAACUUAGCCUUUUUCGCUUUCCUGCGCUGUAGCGAAUUUACCUACUGCGGGGUUCGCACAUUUCGCCAACAAUUCGAUCUUUCUACCGAUUGCAUAACGUUUCACCCCAGCCUGUCGUGCCCGCAGCGCAUAACAGUAUAUCUAAAAUCGUCUAAGACAGACAUUGCUAGGGAAGGUCAGUCACUCACUAUAGCUCGCACCUCGACGCCCCUUUGCGCCGUUGCAGCUAUGCAAGAGUAUUUUCUCUUAGUUAGGCCUCGGCAUGGACCUUUGUUUUACUUCGCAUCAGGUCGUUACCUCACUCGGGGCAUCGUAUCCGACCUCCUUAGGGAUAGUGCUAGGGUGGCUGGCCUCCCUUAUCAAAGCCUAAAAGGGCAUAGCUUUCGCAUCGGUGCGGCCUCCGUUGCAGCCGCCGCCGGCUUGCCAGAUUGGCUUAUAAAAGUUCUUGGUCGCUGGUCCUCGGACUGUUACCAGCUGUAUAUCAGAACUCCUCAAUCUACAUUAGAGUCUGUGGCUCCCAGGAUGGCUAUUGUUCCUGGACGCUUCCAGCCAAUAUAGCCUCCUUUUUUUUUUUUGUUUCUACUUGUUGAUCCGUUUUCUCGUUGGGCUUGGGGGGAUGCAUUGCCUCGCAUGCAUCAGUGGCGGUUAAGUCUGCGCAGCGACUUCCCCCAAGCUUGUUGGCCGCGUUGCCGUUUAAUAUCACCUGCAAACCGAUACUCUUGUCCGAUCCAGCACGUGCUGUAUUGCAUUCAGCUCGUAGUGCUGGGGAGAUAAGUGAGGUUCUUUGGUCACGCCAUCGCCGGAAGUCGCAUUAGGCUAACCUAGCGCAAGGCAGUGCUCCCCCAUUAACGCCAACCUGUCAUUAUUUGUUUUUAUAAUUAAGUUAUGCGUUUAACAUGCAUCGCGAAGGAACAGAGACAUUAACUGUUCAUUUUAAAGAUGUCCACAUCCUAAAUGACUGUAAUCUACAUGGGGUCAACCAAAUCUGAAUGAAUAAUAGUGGCUUUUACCCAACCUUUAUGAUUUCUCAACUUCCAUUAGGUGACAUGGUCAAGUAUUUUCUGUAUGUAUACAGACCACACAACAUUGAAGAUGACUGGUACAACUCACAAGACAUGGAUCAGUUGGAUAGUUCUAGCAAUUGUGAAGCAGAGAAUAGCUUGACAGCUGAAGGUUGGUAUUAAAGUCAGGGCUUCUGAUACUUCGCGGAAAAAAGCAAAAUUUCGCGGGAUUUUUUUGGGCAAAUUCGCGGAAAAAUCGGCCGAUUUCGCGGGAAAAAAGUCAAAAUUCGCUCAAAAAUCGGCCGAUUUCGCGGGAUUUUAGCAGAAAAAAGUCAAAUUUCGAAGGAUUUUCGGGGCAAAUUCUUAGAAAAAUCGGCCGAUUUCACGGGAAAUUUUUGGGGGAAACUUCACCAAGAAACAAUCAAUAUUUCGCGACCAGAAGCCCUGUAAAGUUGAAGAUAAAAGUGCACAUUUUCAAGUGAGCUGGCCAAUCAAGUUUUCCGUGGCAAGUCGUGUCUGACCAAAAAAGGCAAAAUGGAUCACACGUAACCCAGAGGGCAUUGUGUGUCCCAUUCCCCUUCAAUGAGGACAGUCAUUUGAGUUUAGAGGGGAGGGGGCUGGUUUUUUCAGUUAUGGGUGCCAUCAGUUCCACCACAUGAAUUAAAAAAAAUGAAAAAGCAAGUUACCCUUUGGAAACAAGAAAAUAUAGGUACUAAUUUUGACUGGGAUAUUGCCACAAAGUCAUAUAUGCACCCCCUCCCGCUAAUCCCUCUUCCCCCAACAAUAUAAUGACAGCAUAUAACGUGACUUCAAGAUUUGAUCAACUGAAAAUUCAGAAAAAUGAUAAUUGUUCAUUCUAGUGCUUAUAAGAUGUGACAACGUCAACUUUUUUUUUGAAAUACUGUUAUAUAUAUAUUAAGGUUCAUCUUUACCCUGUAAAUGGAACAUAGAAUGGUCAUAAUUAUUUUCAUAUAAAUUUGUAUUUUUGCAGUUCACAUCAUCUUCAUUCCAUGUUUCAUUCCAUUCACGGGUUAAGAUAAACUCAACAAAUCGGCCUGCUCCUAAUGUAUGGGUCUUCUUAGCUCAGUCGGUAAAGCACUGCAGCACUAACACAAAGGCCAUCACAGGGUUCAAAUCCAGUUGAAGUCCCAAAAUUUUUUUCUGGUAAAUUGCAAUAUUGCUUUUUUUUUGCAAUACCACUGUGACAAUCAUAUCUUCACUUAAAAAAUUGUUUUUCUGCAGUUUGCAUCAUCUUCAUUCUGUACUGUAAUAUAGCUGCAGUAAUUUUCUGUUUCUUUGAUAAAAUCUUGCAAGGCAAAUUUUUCUGAUAUUACAUUUAAAGCUCUUCUAACUAUCCAGCUGGUAAAUUUCUUUUUCUUUAAUGUGGUGCCAUAAUAUGGGGCUCUUGUUUCAAUGCUGAUGUCACAUCAUUAUUUUUCUGUAUUUCCUCAGUGGUGGAUUUCGAUGGAUCCACUAUAAAGCAAAACAUAGAUGGCAAAAACAUUAAUGAUAAAAAUGAUGAGCCAGAGAGAGGUGAGCCCCAUGCCAGAGAACAGUUGCAAGAAGAGACCUUGAUUACAGAUGAAAACUUUCAAGGAUCCAUGGCUGUUGAUGAGGAAAAAGCCAGUAAUUUUGGGCAGGUGCAGGUAUCUAGGGGCCCUGAUGAAAUAUCAGGAGCCUCUUUCUCAGUGGAGAGACGUGGUGUUAAACGAAAAAGGGACCCUGAUGAUGAUAACUAUGGUGACAACGAAAUGGAGAGUGGCCAUCAGGUGCAAGGUAGCAACUUCAGCAAUUCAAUGUAAAAAAUAAUAAGCUUAAUGUCAUGAAAAACUAGCUUGUUCACAGACCCUCUAUUUUCUCUGUAGAGAUUAUGCGUCAAUUAUGCGUAUGGAAACAAAACCAGGGGAAUCAAAUUGUCAAAAAAUUUAUACAUAUCUGUGGACCAGCUAUUGGAACAACAAAAUUAAGCAUCACAGCUUGCAUUGUGGUCAAGUCCACCAUGCAGCAAUAUUAUUGUAAUGAUAAAUUGUACUUAUAUUACUUUUAUGGAUGAAAACUAACAAAAAAUAUAACACAGAAGAAAACUUAAGGAGUACAUAAAUAUAUUAAAUCAUAGAUCGAGCUAAAAGAAUAUUUUGUUAAGAAAUUUUUCCUGGCAAAUGACCACAAUAAUUUUGUUGCAUUAUUAUGAUCCAAUACCUUUUACUACAUACCACUUUCCUCAUUAUAUUUUUUUAAUAAUUUCAAUGUACUGUCUAUUAUGAUCAUAAAAUAAAGUACAUGUACAGUAAACAAAUUCAGCAUUAUUAUACUGGUACAAUAAAGAUCAAGUUGAGGGAUUCUAGAAGGCUGCUAACACUGUGUACUGUACCCAGCUAGUUUAAUAAUCCUAUUCAAGAACCUCAUCACCAGUAUGAACUUUAUAGGUAACCUGCUACAGGAGAUAAAAACCCCCGUCAAACUUAUGAGGCCAAUAAUAAUCUGAGUCCUGACUUCAGUGAGUUUGUGCCAUUUAUCAAACUGACACUGAUUCCAUUUUUAACCAUUUAAGCCCUACAAUGUAAGAGUGAUCAUUAUCAAAGUUCUCCUUUUGAUAUCAAUGCUUUAUAAAACAGAUUGGUGAUGAGAAUUAAGAACAUGAUCACACAAGUGAGGAGUAGUUGGCAUGAUACUUCAAUAACUUCCCACUACUACUUUUAUAGGAAACCUAUGGGGACAGCAAAUGGGAAUUUAAAUUUUGAUAUUAGGGCUUAAGGGUUGAGGAUGCUUUAAAACUGUAGAAUAAAUUAAUAUAAUAUUAUCAUUGUAAUUUUUUAUGAUGGAAGUACAUGCCUGAUUUUUUUUCUGUUAAUUUGACUUCUAUGCCAGGACAUCCCACAACACCAAUGAAAGGUGAAUGCUCACUUGUCCCAAUGACUGCAGACACACCCACAUCUGGGUGUACACAAGAAGUAAUCACUGCAGCAAGGUCACCACAAGUUCAGAGCAGUGUGCAUGAGGAAUGUGCAUGGUUUACUUUAGAGGAGGCAAGACUUAAGUCUCCAGUGUUUGAACAGAUAUUCCAAACAGAACAAUUCAAGAAACUCCUUAGUUCCAUAACCAGCCCAGAAGAGAGGUAG